GAAAUUAAGAAACUGUUAAUGGUUGUAGCUGUAUGAUCUGGAUGGUUUUAGAUGGGGAUUUGGCUAAAGUGGAUAAGAAAGCGUGGAGGAGAAAGCUUUUUGGCAUGGAGUUGGGGGAAGGCGCGCAGCAGACUAGGAGCUACUCUACAAAUUGCAACUUGGAUGGAGGAAUUUCAGACUUAAGGGUGUGGGGUUUUGACAUGGAAGGGACAAUGAUGAUUAUCGAUGAAUACAAUAAAGAUGCAGUCCUACACAUGGGAAAACAUUACAGCGUCAUGUCUCAACAACAGACCACUAGAGAGCUAGAGCCUGUAGAAGAUGAGCCAAGAAUGUCGAGUCAGAGUCCAAAUUCCAAAAGCCUCUUCCUGGAGGGUCUAGUAGCAGGGCAGUGGUGGAUGCGGAUUCAGAGAGGCGACAUGGAGGACCCUCGAAACCGAACUCCUCGUGGUCUAGGAGGAGCUGAAGAGGGAGGAAAGAAGGAAUGCAGAGAGUUAGGACUUAGGACUCGGUGAGGGAUCAAUUGUAUCGGACGAGGCUUUCUGAGUUGCUGGACUGCACCGGAGCGUCUGAUCAGGAGGGCCCGCUUCCAUUUGAUGGUUAGUUUUGUCCUUCAGCAUUUGUGCUGCUCCCACUCAUCAAACACACUUAUGCAGAGAAGGUUCACCGAGAAGUGAAGAAGAUGAACGAACUCCCUGCUAUUACUUCUUAUGCCACCCACGGCUUGCGGGUUCUCAGUAAAAUUCCUCAACUCUUGCCCAACAAUGUAAAAAUUCCGGCCCCAAUUGGCCAAUUCCUCUUAUUUGGGCAAUAUCCACUUGAAAAGAUUGAUGCUUUUUUUUUUAAGUUUUCCCCUGUAUUUUAAGGAAUACCCAUUUGCAUUGGAGAAAAGUCUGAUGCUUGUUGGCCUUACAUUUUUUCCUUUGUACCAGAGAACUGCUUCACAAGAGGAGGAAUUGGAGUUGCUUUUUGCUAGGUUGUCUCUAGGAAUUGGAUAGGCUUUGGCUGUGCAGAUGGUAACCUGACAUUAGGGAUAAUGUUAUCAUAUCCCCCUUAUUUCUGUAAUCAUAGAACCUAGGGAAAGGCAGUUCCAAGAUUUUUGGUCAAUGUUUGGUUCGUGGUAGUGGCUAUUUGAAUAGCAUAACACGUUAGCAAACAAACGAGGAAUACUUAUUUUUUAUACUUAUUCAUCAUUAUCCUUUAGUUUGGUAGAAAAUUAUCAAAUGCUAUUCCUAGCUUACCAAGGAAUUUUCCAAAUUUUUACCUUAUUUUUACAGUUUUACUUCAGGAAUAUCCACUGCCACCAAUGAAACAUAACCAUUGGU